UUCGUUUUUGUAUUUAAAUAUUUUAAUAAAACGAGAAUAAAUGUAAACAUUUGAUUGGUCCGGAUCGGUGACACGCAGUUGUGACUACAGUUGUAGUCAUACGAUCUGUCAUCCUCCUUCGUACAAUGCGAAAAGGGAAGUUGAAAGAAGUGGGAGAGGGACACAGCGGAGCCUUACAAAAUCUACCGACCCAGUACCUGUCCUGAUAGUCGACACACUGUCAACAGCUGCGGAUAAAUCGGCCCGGAGACAACACUCACGUUAUCCCGGCUGCCCUUCUUUUCUUUUGGUGUUAUUAAACGUUUUUGCCAUCACAUCAGCAAUCAGGGGAAAAGACCACACAGAGUGACAUGGCAAGUAGAGGCGGAGCCACACGACCCAAUGGACCUAAUGCGGGCAACAAGAUUUGCCAAUUCAAACUUGUGCUUUUAGGGGAGUCGGCAGUGGGAAAGUCAAGUCUUGUACUUCGUUUUGUCAAGGGUCAGUUUCAUGAAUUCCAAGAAAGCACAAUCGGAGCUGCCUUCCUGACUCAGACAGUAUGUUUGGACGACACAACAGUCAAAUUUGAGAUCUGGGACACAGCUGGUCAGGAGCGCUACCACAGUCUGGCUCCUAUGUACUACAGAGGCGCCCAGGCAGCCAUUGUGGUCUAUGAUAUAACAAAUGAGGAGUCAUUUGUGCGGGCGAAGAAUUGGGUCAAAGAGCUUCAGAGACAAGCCAGUCCAAACAUUGUAAUAGCCCUGGCCGGGAACAAGGCCGACCUCGCCAACAAGAGAGCCCUGGACUUCCAGGAUGCACAGUCAUAUGCAGAUGACAACAGUUUGCUUUUUAUGGAAACUUCAGCAAAGACCUCCAUGAACGUGAACGAGAUUUUCAUGGCCAUCGCAAAGAAGCUUCCGAAGAAUGAGCCGCAGGCUGCUGGGGCGAGCAGCGGACGGAACCGGGGCGUGGAUCUGACAGAGACGGCUCAGCCCAGCAGCCGUCCCUGCUGCAGUAACUAACCCAGCUCCUCCACUCACCUCUCUCUUCUCCUCCUGCUCUCGGCUCCCCCCUCUCCAACAAACAACAUCUGGACGUCGGACCCGUUGAUUUCCAGACACCAGACAUGCUCUUGACCCUCACUUCCCUGGAAUAGCUAAAAGACUCUGUAUAGCUGCAUUUCUAAUACCUUUUUUCGUUGAUGUUCUUUUGUUUUUUAACUUUUUUUAAGAAGUGUAUAACGGAUGCAUCUAUCACUACAACUCCUAAAAAAAGAAAAGAAAAAAAAAAGAAAAGAAAAACAACACAUUUUUAUCUUUUAUUCAGUUUAAAAAUUAAUCCAUUUUCAGAAAGAUGAGGAAUUGAGAAACCUGUGAACGUGUGAUUGUGCUGUGUGUGAGAGCACUGAGGAGAGUUAGUUUGUCUCUCAACAGGGUUGACUGGAUUUUUCCUGUAGUAGUCUGGGUUCUUUUUUGGGGGGUCACUUGUUUUCCUUGUAUUUCCUAGAAAAAACCAAAUUGUUCCCAUGAUGAGUUGCUCGGCUUUUCACACUGUUUGUUGUUAGCAACAUUCGAGUACAGACAGUGCCAGGAAAGGAUCGUUGUGCAAACCAUCUCUUCCCAACUCAUAUUGGAUUCUCGGGAACCUAAUCCAAGUCUCCUAAUAGGAUAACUGGGAAUCGUUUAGCACUGUCCGAGUUUUAAACAAAGAAAGAAACUUCAGGAAACUUUACUUUUGCCUCUUUUCCAUUCACUGUUCCAGGACCGCACAGCUCCACUCCACUCGACACGAAACCUGUUGUGGCGAGGUCAUUCAGCUGACCUCGCCGAUGGCCAAUCAGUGAACAGCAGUCUGUGUUACAUUUUGGCUCUGCUCAGUCCGAAUGGGACAUUCUGCUGGGCAGGUACCAAGAAAACCAGUAAUGUAAUAGGGUGCAAAACCGGCUGAGUGGAGUGGAGCCGGCUCAAGUAGAGCCCAUGGAAAAGGGUCAUUUGUUGUUCAUAUCGAUGACAGAAGGCAACAAAAUCCUUGCAGGUAAAUGUGUUGGUCAACCUCCUUUUCUCAAUGAGGCCAGUAGUCAACCUCCACCAAUUUGGGUAAUAUCAUUUUAAAGUAAGAAAUUGGGGUUAAAAACAAAAAGUUAUACUCUAAUGUUUUUAUAGGGUGCAAUGUUGUCUUCUUUAGGUGGGGUCGCAGAGCACAGCAGUUCGCCUGGAAAUUUAAGAGAUUCCGAACAAUUGUACAGUUCAAUAUUUUCCUGCUUUUGUUUUUCUCCCUCUUAUUUUCCUCUUCAUGCUCUUCAUUUUCACAAAACUGGUCAAAUGUUACAGUGAUGGUCUUUUUAGAUAUAUGUAGUGUUAUUAACAAAAUCUCUGUCAGGUGUCUUGUCAUUUUUUUUACUUUAAAUUAAUUUUUUUUCUUUUUUUUUCCCAGAAAAAGGUCUAUGGUCGUGUUUGAAAGGAACCUUUAUUGCAUUGCACAGUGUUGAUCAUGUUUUAAUUAUUGGUAACUGCUCUUGGAUUUUUAUAUGAUGGACUGUAUUGGAUUAGCUAACCUUUGGCUGUGGGCGGGGAGCAUAUUUACCCUAACUGAUGGUCUCUCUUACAGCUCAAUGAAACUGCCUUUACUAGUGAUGGGUUGAUCCGUUUUGACUGUCUGAAUACAUCUUAAUAAAUCCAAUAAAUAUG